AUUUUGCUUGUUCGAGUUAGGGUUUUUUGGGGGUUUGGUCAAGGAGAAAACUUCAUCGUCUCGUUUCUGAGAAAUAUAAAUCGAAAGAGAGAGAGAGAGAGAGAGGAGAAGUGUAUCCGUGUUUAUCUCUAAGUUUAAUCAUCACAAUGGAAGGGAUCACUGAAGGAGUUAACAACAUGAGCUUGGCCGUUGAUUCACAGAAGAAGAAUCGGAUUCAGGUUUCAAACACUAAGAAACCAUUGUUCUUCUACGUCAAUCUCGCCAAGAGGUACAUGCAGCAGUACGCAGAUGUGGAGUUGUCUGCACUUGGAAUGGCCAUUGCUACGGUUGUUACCGUUGCUGAGAUAUUGAAGAACAGUGGCUUUGCUGUUGAAAAGAAGAUUAUGACUUCGACUGUGGAUAUCAAGGACGGUGCAAGGGGUCGUCCUGUGCAGAAACCCAAGAUUGAGAUAACGCUCGCCAAGUCUGACACGUUUGAUGAAUUAAUGGCUGCGGCCAACGAAGACAAGGAAGCUGCAGACGCUCAAGAGCAGAACUGAUAUCUUUUUUUUUUUUUGUGUGUUUUGUCGACGAUCUAAUUAUUCUGUUCCUUGUCUCUCUGUUGAAACACUUUUUAUUUAUCUUAAUUUUGGCUCACUUUGAAUGUUAUCGUGGAUUGUGGUGUUUUCUGUACCUGUGAACGUUUUUAUUUACAGAUCGUAGUAGGUGGAUUUUGCUG